AUGUUUUUGACAAAACAUAAUGGCGGUCUUUUGAGUUGCGAAAGUAUAGCCUUUUUAAGCCAGACAACCCCUAAAGUAAAGAUUAACUUAAUAAUGACUUUUUCAAUGAGUGCUAGGUUAUGUUAUCAAAGAUUAUCUACAAACAUGAAGACAACUUUGCCAAUUACCGGCGUCAUAUUUGAUAUGGAUGGAACAUUGACAAUUCCUGUUUUAAAGUUUCAAGAAUUAAGGGAAAGGCUUGGUAUUUCUGACGAUGUUGACAUAUUGGAUUAUGCAAAUAGUGCUCCAGAUUAUGACAAGCCGCGUAUACAUAAAAUUAUAGAAGACUUUGAAGACGAAGGGAAUGAACGACUUCAGUUAAAACCAUCUAUACACGAUCUAUUUUACUUUUUAAAAAGAGAACAGUUAAAAACCGCUCUACUAACUAGAAAUAAUAAAAAGUGUGUCGAUUCAUUUAUUAAAAGAUUUAUACACAGGGACAACAAAGCAAUUUUCUCUGAGGAGAAACAUUUGUUUUCAAAGAUAGUAACCCGCGAUUUUCUUCCUACGAAACCCCAUCCAGCUCCUGUUCACCAUAUUUGUGCAGCUUGGAAGGCACCAGAAGAAACGGUUCUAGUUGUUGGGGAUGACUGGCAUGAUAUUGAGUGUGGGAACCGAGCAGGUCACUGUCCUGAUGACGAAACCUUCCAACACGAACAUUAAAAAUAAAGCAGAUUUUUGUAUUGAUGAUUUGUCAGAACUUGUUACACUGUUGCAGACAAAUUUUACUGUCAAAAAAGAUUGAUUUUGGUAAAAGGUGGAAAGAAUUUAGUUGCUGACAUUAUUCUGUUGGAAUAAUAUACCAAACUACAUUAGAAAAAAAACAUGGAUAUAAAAGCAUCUGUUUUUACCAUGACUCACAACUUAAACUGGAUCACAACAUAUCAAACGUUUUUACCUUUAUUUCUAAUAGAAUUCUAUGAACAUUUGAAAUAACUAAAGUUUUUUUUUAAUUUGACCACAAGUACUUAAAUUAUUAUAUUAUUAUUUGCAAAUGAAAUCAAUUUUACCAUCUUUUGUUAAGUUAUAUAAUUUAUACUUGGUGGUAUAUUUAUUAACAAAUAGACGUUUCUUUAUGAGCAUCAGGUAAAUUUGCACUGACCUCAAUAGUUCU